UUGGUGAAGAGGAGAAUUAGCCUGAAGAGUGGUACCAUGUCUUGCGGACCGGUGUGCACCAACUUGGGUCUCAAGCCUGGCCAGCGCCUCACGGUGAAGGGCAAAAUUGCACCAACUGCCAAAAGCUUUGUGAUGAACCUGGGAAAGGACUCAUCCCACCUGGGUCUUCACUUCAACCCCCGCUUUGAUGCUCACGGUGAUGUGAACACAAUUGUGUGCAACUCAAAGAAUGUGGACCAGUGGGGCACAGAGCACAGGGAGACAGUCUUCCCUUUCCAGAAGGGAGCUCCUAUAGAGAUCUCUUUUGCCAUCAACCCAAGUGACGUGACAGUCCAUCUGCCAGGCCACCAGUUCACAUUCCCCAACCGGCUUGGUAUCCCAGUCUUCGACUACUUUGAUGCACAAGGAGACUUUGCACUCCAGUCCAUCAGCUGGGAAUAGUUUCUUACUAUGUC